AUGGUCCCCAAUGAAGCCCUACAAUACCAAGGACUUGUCCAUUUGUUUUUGCAUUUCCAAUGGAAAUGGAUAGGACUCAUUGCUAUGGAUGAUGAGGGUGGAGAUCAUUUCUUGCAGACCAUGGAGCCACUGCUAUUGCAGAACAGGAUCUGCUCAGCCUUCACAGAGAGGGUUCAACUAAAUAUGUAUAUUUAUCAUGGCAUACAUGAAAUGACCCAUAGCAGAUGGAGUAAUUUGCCAGCUUUCAUGGUGAGCAAAGCCAAUGCAGUUGUAAUCCAUGGAGAAACAGCAUCCAUUGCAUGGUUGCAAGGUUGCAUAACUUCAAGAAGAGCACAUCACCUAAUAUUUCCUCAGUAUAAGGAUAAAUUCUCUGAAGCAAAAGUAUGGAUUACCACCGCCCAAAUUGAUUUCACAUUAAACACCUUCCUAGCAGUUAGUGGUUUUGAUAUCCAAGCGCUCCAUGGCGCUAUCUCUUUUACCAUUCAAUCAAAGAAGCUUCAAGGCUUCCCAGAUUUUCUGGAGCUUGUAAAUCCUUCUUGGGCAAAUGAGGAUGGUUUUAUUAAAGAUUUUUGGGAACAAGCAUUUGGUUGCUCAUUUUCAAACCUGAUUUUGAGUAUCCUAGCUGGACCAUGUACAGGAGAAGAGGUGCUGGAGAGUCUUCCCACAUCAUUUUUUGAAAUGAGCAUGACUGGCCACAGCUACAGUAUCUAUAACGCUGUCUAUGCUCUGGUGUAUGCUUUACACACCUUGUACUCGACUAGAGUCAACCACAGAACAAUGGAGAGCAGAAACAGAUUGUCUCCUGAGAGCAUAGAACCCUGGCAGCUCCACACACUUAUACGGCGGAUCUCAUUCAAUAACAGUGCUGGAGAUGAAAUUACAAUUAAUGAACUUGGAGAGUUAGAAGGCGGCUUUGAUAUUACAAACUUGGUCACUUUCCCAAAUAACUCCUAUAUCAGGGUCAAAGUGGGAAGGCUGGAUCCUCACACUCCUCCAGGGGAAGUAUUGACCAUAAAUGAGGACAGAAUCAACUGGCACAGAGAUCUGACUCAGGUGCCACCUCUUUCUCUGUGUAAUGACAACUGCAAUCCCGGUUACAGCAAGAAAAAGGAAGAGGGGAAGAAAUUUUGCUGCUAUGAUUGUGCUCCAUGUCCAGAGGGGAUGUUCUCAGACCAGAAGGAUGUGGAAAGUUGUGUCAAUUGUCCCAAAGACCACUAUCCAAACAAAUUUCAGAACCAAUGCAUUCCUAAGAUUCCAAACUUCCUAUCUUUUGAAGACACUUCCGCCAUCAUUUCAGCUUCUUCAGCACUUUCAUUGUCUCUGGUCACAAUUCUGGUGCUGGGCAUUUUUGUUAGACACCAUGACACUGCAAUAGUCAAAGCAAAUAACCAAAGCCUCACCUACAUUCUCCUUAUCUCCCUCCUCUUGUGUUUCCUCUGUUCCUUUUUGUUCAUUGGAAAGCCAAACAAGGCAACCUGUCUUCUUCGCCAAACUGCUUUUGGCAUUGUCUUCUCUGUGUCCCUCUCAACCAUCUUGGCAAAAACCAUUUCUGUGGUUUUGGCAUUCAUGGCUACCAAACCAGGAUCCCAGAUGAGGAAAUGGGUAGGGAAAAGACUGACAUAUUCCAUUGUCCUCUCCUGCUCCAGUACUGAAGCAGGGAUCUGUGUUCUGUGGCUGGCAACAUUUCCUCCAUUCCCAGAUUUGGACAUGACAUCAAUGACUGAAGAAAUUAUCCUAUUAUGUAAUGAAGGGUCAGUCCUCAUGUUCUAUAGUGUCUUGGGCUACAUGGGUUUCCUGGCCAUUCUCAGCUUUGCAGUGGCAUUCUUAGCCAGGAAGUUGCCGGACAGUUUUAAUGAAGCUAAGUUCAUCACUUUCAGCAUGUUGGUCUUCUGCAGUGUUUGGCUGUCAUUUGUUCCAACCUACCUAACCACAAGAGGAAGACACAUGGUGUCUGUGGAGAUCUUUUCCAUCUUGGCUUCUACCACUGGCAUACUCAGCUGCAUAUUUUCUCCCAAAUGUUACAUUAUUUUGGUGAGACCUGAAUUGAACAAGAAGGAACAGUUAAUGAGAAGAAAAAACAACAACAAAAUUAACUGA